UUCAGGAACUAUAACUUUUUUCCUUAUAACAAAGGUUUGCACCGAUAAUAUUCGACAUAAUACGGGGCUAUGGACUGUGGAUGGACAGCCUUAUUUUGUGUAUAAUCAAUUGGGAAAAAACUAUCUAAAUACAUAUAGAAAACUGUUUUGGUAUGCGAAUAGAAGUCCCACUCUAUCGCCUAGAAAACAACGCAUGGGAAAUAUUUUCUAUGCGCAUGGAUAUAGAAAUGCUCCGAGGGAAACUGUUGCGACUCAUGGAAGUCCAUUGAGAAACACCUUCAAAAAUACCUAUGAUGGUUCAUUGUCACCGCAAUUUCUGCGCUCAUAUUUGACUGCGGCUAAAAUUUCUUCAACCACUGUGACGAAGACAACCGUAAGCAGCGAUCAGAGCUAUCGCCCAACCAUAACUUAUCCGGAUUUCAAAAAACAACCCGACUACAACUUGAAUUUGGACCACAACACUCAACCUGGCUACCAAAUUGCAUCCGACUACCAAAUUCAGUCCGACUACAAAAAUCGAACUAUUUGCAAGAAAAACAAAAAUAUUGCGUCAGCUGCAGACGAAAGCAAGAUCAUAAAUGUUGCCCAGCCGUCGAAGGCUGUUGAGGAUACUCUAGCCAACAGCAUGUCGAAAAUAGACCAGCCUUAUCGGCCAUAUCAGCCAUAUGUAACCCAUACCUAUUUUACACUCGACGACGUCAUACUUCCUUAUAUCCCGGAACCCAAUUCAACAUCCAAAUCAAAACAAGAAAAUCGCAGUCAGUUUGAGCCAGAAAAGGAAAACGAAGAUAAAGCAAGCUCAACUAGUGAAACUCUGAAUACUCUUUUUGAUAUGGAUAUUUUUAAUAUCGAGCCCAUCACAUCUACCACAGCUAUAAUCACAACAACAUCUACAGCAUCUACAACAACAACAACCACAACUGCUGAAGCGCCACAAACAACUUUUUCGCCAAAGACUAAAAAUGAUUUCUACACAGAGCCCAUUCAACUGGCCACUUCAAGUCCUACAGAAGCUUUGGCCACACCGAAUACAACAUCAAAUUUUAAGAACUGGAACUCUACACUAAAUUUAUCGCCUAGAAAAAUAUUAAAACUAGACAAAUUCAAUAAUAAUGCCUGCGAGAAUUGCCGCAAAAGUCAGUUGGCUGCCAAAAAUGUUACCUUAAAUAAUCUAGCAAAGCAAACGGAAGAAACCAAAUUGGAAACUUCCAAAAAACGAUCUUCGAUUUUGUUGAAAAAAAACGAUGGCAUCGAAGGAAUUUCUCAAUUUCCAAUCUAACAAGUACGACGCCAGCCACACAGCCGAAAAGUAGGCGAAGCAAAACCAAUUUCAUCAACGUAAGACGUCGCAAAUUCAAU